AUGUCAUAUCGUGGUCAUUCAGAAUUCAACAACCAGUUCAACAAUCAAUUCAAUCGCGGUGGGGUCCCCAUGCCCCAACAACCAAUCCCACGUAUGAACUCCACCACCACUCCUAAUACAUCACCUUUGGAAAAAUUCGAACAAUUCUCCAAACAAGUGGAGGACCUGAUUGAUAAAUACUUUCGACCAUUGAAGCCAUUUGUGCCUGCCAUUGCCAGAGCAUUCCUCGUGGCUACGUUUUACGAAGACACCAUUAGAAUCAUAUCUCAAUGGUCGGAGCAAGUGUACUAUUUGCACAAUUAUCGGAGAUACUGGAAGUGGUUUACUGUGUUCUUUUUAGUCAACAACAUCGUGCUCAUGUCUGUGGCCCUGACUGCCGUGAUUAUCCGUAAAAAGAGCAACAUUGCCACCUCAGCGUUGAUCUUUGUCGUUAUCGUUCAAGGAUUGGGGUAUGGGCUUAUCUUCGAUGCCCAGUUCAUCUUGCGUAACUUGUCGGUUGUUGGGGGUUUAGUUCUUGCGUUUGCUGAUUCGAUUGUGAGAGACAAGAGAAGUUUGAACAUGCCUGGAUUACCAAUGAUUAAUAACACCGACAAUAGAAAGUAUUUACUCUUGGCAGGAAGAAUCUUGUUGGUGUUGUUAUUCACCGGGUUUGUGUUUAGUUCCGGUUGGUCCAUGGGCAGAUUAUUUAUUAUUGUUAUUGGCUCAAUUUCCUGUUUGUCCAUUAUUGUUGGGUACAAGACCAAAUUCGCAGCUGCUGUGAUGCUGAUUUUGUUGCUCAUUUACAAUGUUUUAGUUAACCAAUUCUGGCUCUACGGAAGCAAGGAUUCACAUCGCGAUUUCUUGAAGUACGAGUUCUUUCAAAUAUUGAGUAUUGUCGGUGGAUUGUUGUUGGUGGUCAAUGCCGGUGCUGGUUCAUUAUCUAUUGAUGAAAAGAAGAAGGUUUAUUAG